UGCCUCUGCCAGGCAUUGCGCAUGCGGUACUGUCACGGAUGCGCUGCCGGGAUUGCGCAUGCAUUUUCGGCGUGGAUGCCCUGCCGGGCACAGCGCAUGCGUCUCGUGGUCGUGGCGCUGCCCGGCUCCCUCGGCCUGAGAUGGCUCCGCAGCAACAAGUUCUCCAGGAAAUUGCGUACGGCCCGCACCUGGCAGCUGGGGCCUGCUCAGCCACCCUUCGCACACUUGCAGCAGGUAGGACGCCUUGGACAGGAGGAGCACGCGGCCCCGCGUAGAGGUCCUGGAGAGGCCCUGCUGACAGGCGGCUGCUCGGUGCGCGGUUAGUCCGGGGCCAGACCCAGCGGGAUGUACUUGACCGAGCACUGAGGGGGAGAAGGGAGGCCGAGGGACAGCCGCAGGAAUAUGUGAAAAUGUCAGGAGUCUGCAACUAAGUGCAGAUGCUAGAAGUACACAGGUCUGUGGAAAGAAUUGAGCAGGGUUUACAUCUGACAUGUUAGCCUGGCCUUUUUCUUUGGACAAUUGUGGAUGAGCAAUAAAUAUUGGCCGAGCCAACUAUGUCUUGGGAGUGCCUAAAACACAAACAUUGGACUGCAGUGCAUACCAACUUUAAUUCAUUCGACCGAUGUUGGUUAUAACUCUUGAGAUGGUGAUAGCGAACGGCCUUCUAGAACCGCUGCAAUCCAUGUUGAUAGAUUCACAAUGCUGCAAGAGAGGAAAUUCUGCUACAAGAUGUGCUGCAUCAACCUGAAGGCUUCAGCGGCACUUCCCUAGUUUGCAAAUGGAGACUGCACCUGACAUCUGGAAGUACCUUCACCACCUUCAAGUUCCCCUCCAUGCUAACUUGCAGAUAUGUCACUGUUCGUUCAUUGAGUCAAAAUCUGAACUCAGUCUCUGAAGACAGUCACCGUGGACUGCAGAUUUUACGAAGACCACAUUUUGAAGAACAGUCAAAUGGUGCUGACUGGCCUAUUCUGUGUUUCCAGGGAUGUGAGGUGAUUUGAAAUUUGCUCAUUGGAAUUCCAGCUGUCCAUAUUGUUACACAGGUUUUGAAACUUGAUUAGAUAUCCAAGACAACACAUAUUGCAAAUCAUUUUUACAGCUUGAUGAAGGUAUUCAACAUUGACCUCAUGAAUCUAUUGUGACAACGUGACUCACUAGCAUGUUCCAUCACCACUGUAGAAGAAACCCGGAACUGCAGCAGGAACUGCAAAUCCAAAAUGCUGUUGCAGCUGGUGAUGUUCAUACGGUGCGCAAGAUGCUGGAACAGGGCUAUUCUCCUAAUGGUCGUGAUGCUAAUGGAUGGACUCUGCUCCAUUUUUCUGCAGCGCGGGGCAAAGAAAGAUGUGUUCGUGUAUUCUUAGAGCAUGGAGCUGAUCCCACCGUUAAAGAUUUAAUUGGAGGUUUCACUGCAUUGCAUUAUGCAGCUAUGCAUGGCCGAGCACGAAUUGCAAGGUUGAUGUUGGAAUCGGAGCAUAGACCUGAUAUUAUUAAUGCUAAAAGCAAUGACGGAUGGACUCCUCUCCAUGUGGCUGCCCACUAUGGCAGAGACUCAUUUGUCAGACUUCUGCUGGAGUUUAAAGCUGAAGUUGAUCCACUCAGUGAUAAAGGCACAACUCCACUUCAACUGGCCAUUAUCAGAGAGCGCUCAAGCUGUGUGAAAAUUCUUUUGGAUCACAAUGCCAACAUUGACAUUCAAAAUGGUUUCCUGCUGCGAUAUGCAGUGAUCAAAAGCAACCAUUCAUAUUGUCGAAUGUUUCUUCAAAGAGGUGCAGACACAAACCUUGGCAGGAUGGAGGAUGGACAAACUCCAUUACACUUGUCUGCACUAAAGGAUGAUGUACUUUGUGCACGGAUGUUACAUAACUAUGGUGCAGAUUGCAACACAAGGAACUAUGAGGGACAGACUCCUCUGGCUGUCUCUGUAAGUCUAUCUGGAACCAGCAGACCCUGCUUAGAUUUCUUACAGGAGGUUACAACAGAGUGCAUGGAUACAUUAACAAGAAAUGCUGCUGAGAGUUUUCCAUUCAAUCUCUCUGCAUCGUGCUGUAUCUCUGCCCUUUUGGCCAGGUCUUCUGAGUCUGUCUUCUCCACAAAUGCAAAGUGGACAGCUCUGGAAUGAAUUCCAUCAUUGUAAUGAUGGAGCACUCUUUACAGGACAGCCUCGAAGUUUACAAGAUCUGUGCCGAAUUAGGAUUCGUCAGUGUAUUGGCCUUCAAAAUUUGAAAGGACUGGAUGAACUUC